AUGCCCAACUUCUUCUUCCAGGGCGCGCGUGACAUCUUCAGCAAUGUCCGAAAUGAUGCCGCGCAGUCCACGCAAAGAUUCAAGGAGACCGGGCGCUUCGCCGAGAUUUACGCAGGCAUCGAGCGCUCACAAGAGAUGGCGAUGCUGCGAAGCAUCGAUGCGUUGCGAGAGCAAGUGCCGCCGGGUGCAACGAGGGAGAUCCUUUUUGGCAUCUUGCGGCGAGCAGCUUUGUCCAGCUCUCAGCUGGCCAGCUCGCUCUACGACUUCGCCCUCAGGCUGCAGGCCAAAAAGCCUGCCAGAGACAAGGACAGCGUGGUGGAUAUCCUCUCGGAGCUGUGGGGUCUGGAUGAGGGCCGGUGCGUGGUGAGCGCAAGGCGAGCUGGAGAAGGUGGUCGCAGGCCUUGGAUCAAUGCAGAUGCGGACAUCCUCUUGGAUGAGCAGGUCCCAGCCUUGCGGACGAUUCUGGCCGAGUGCGCCAAGCGCCCACUCUUUGCCUGGGUAGCGCCAGAGAUCUUGGCGCGCCCCACCUUCCUGACCUUGGUGCGGAUUUUCGACGUCUUCCAGCCCAUCGAGGCCAGCGAGUCCUCGGGCGGUCCUUACAGCCCGGAGGAGUUCCAAGCCAUCGACGACUUCUUGGAGCAAGUGACCCGCACCGCUGUGAUGCGCCGGGCCUUCAAGCACAUCACCAAGAGUCUGCCCAUCCUGCUGACCCGUCCCUGGAAGGAGGUGUUGUUCAAGCUUUGGUUCCAGCGCCGGGAUGGCAAGCCCUGCGUCUUCGAGCACGUCUUCCUGGGCAAUCUCACGGAGGACAUCUCAGGGCAGCCAGUGGCCGGGGGAUUUCACUGCUGGCUGAAGUUCUACCUUGAAGAGGUCAGAGGCACAGCAAGAUACCUGGGAUACAUUUACAACAACGCGCAGGCUGGCUUGGUGAACAGCAGGUUCGUGUCUGGCAAGUUCGUGUGGGACUAUGCAGGGCACAAGCUCGUGAAGGACCAGGGCGGCUUCUUCAUCGGCACCUCGCCGGAGUGGCAGCUGGCCACGGGCACGGUGGCCUACUUCGAGACCUCCACGGCCAAGUUGGCGCGGCAGAACGACUGGAUCCCCUGGACCGGGGCCUACGACGAGGGCUACACCAAGGAGACAACGCUGGAUGGCGAGCGGUACAGGCAUGUGCUUUGCCGUACUGGGCACAGCAGCGCAGAUGACUUGGUGGAGGAUAGUGGGUCCUUGGUGACCUCCUACGCGAUUUACUUGGGCCCCGCCAUCCAGAAGGAGACUGGCCCGGAUCAGAUCUGCAGUAGCGCCGAGUUGGCCCAAGAGCUGCCUCGCUGGCUGGUGGAGGACGGCAUCACCCUGCGGGAGGACAGCACCCUCAGCAAGGAAUGCGUGCGCUUCUGCAUCGCCCGGGGCUGCCGCUCGGUUCAGGAGGCGCUGGCAUCGGUGCGGGAGGCUUUGGUCUUUGACCUGGAGGACGCUGUGAGUGCCGCGAAGGCUGAGGGCUACCCACGGAUCCGAGCGCUGGUGCAGGAUACCCUCGAGGUGGUUCCGGUGUUGCUGCACUUCAGCAGGUGCUUGGGCGCGUCGCUGCCUGCACUGCUGGCGGAGCUUCGGGCGCAGGGCAGACGAGGCCCUCGGCUGCACCAACCUAUUCGCCUGCUGCUGACCGGGCGCGCGGACGGUUGUCCGGUGCCGGACCUGGUGCAGCUGCUGGAGUUAGCGCAAACGGAAGGCGGCGACGAUGCGGGCGUGCGGCUCCACGAUCGUAUCGAACUGAUCCGGGAAAUGUUCGCCACCCCGCCGGUGUCUCACGAAGAACCCAAAAACUCCACCGUGGCCUUUGUUAACUAG